CAACCACUGACUGAAUGACGCAACGUGAUGGGAUGUGUAGUUCAGCCAGUGAACCCAACACGCUUCUGCUUCUGCUCCCGCACUCCUCACCGACCUAGAGCCACGGCACCGCUCACCGAUCACUCCUCCCGUCGGUUCAAAGAGAAACCUACCGUUUUUUCUUGUCCAUCUGUUGAGACUGAUCAGCAUCAUGUCUAAUGGUACAGUGGUUUUGGCCUACAGCGGCGGACUGGACACGUCCUGCAUUCUGGUGUGGCUCAAGGAGCAGGGCUAUGACGUCAUCGCAUACUUGGCCAACAUUGGACAAGACGAAGACUUUGAAGCUGCCCGUAAGAAGGCGGAAAGCCUCGGUGCAAAGAAGGUUUACAUUGAAGACCUGCGUUCUGAGUUUGUGGAGAACUUCAUCUGGCCUGCGGUACAGGCCAACGCUGUCUAUGAAGACCGGUACUUGUUGGGCACGUCAAUAGCACGUCCUUGCAUCGGCCGUCGUCAGGUUGAGAUCGCACUCAAGGAGGGGGCGCAGUUCGUCUCCCAUGGUGCCACUGGAAAGGGAAAUGACCAGAUACGAUUUGAGCUGACAUGCUACGCCCUCUACCCUGAGGUCAAGAUUAUUGCACCGUGGAGGAUCCCUGCGUUCUACAAUCGCUUCCGGGGAAGAACUGACCUGAUGGAAUAUGCGCAGAAACAUAACAUCCCAGUGCCUGUCACUCCUCAUGCCCCGUGGAGCAUGGACGCCAAUCUCAUGCACAUCAGCUAUGAGUCCGGCAUCCUAGAGAAUCCAAAGAGCCACGCUCCCGCCGACCUUUACCUGAUGACCAAGAACCCCGAAGAUUCUCCCAGCGUCCCGGAUGUGCUGGAGAUAGAGUUCAGAAAUGGAGUUCCUGUCAAGGUGACACAUUUGAAGGAAGGCAAAUCAAAAGACACCCCUCUGGAUAUCUUCUCGUACCUCAACGAGAUUGGAGGAAAGCACGGAGUGGGUCGGAUUGACAUCGUCGAGAACCGCUUCAUUGGCAUGAAGUCCCGAGGGAUAUAUGAAACCCCAGGAGGCACAAUCCUGUUGAAUGCCCAUUUAGACAUCGAGACCUUCACCAUGGACAAAGAGGUGCGCAGGAUCAAACAGGGACUCGGUAUCAAGUUCUCUGAGCUGGUCUACAACGGUUUCUGGUACAGCCCCGAGUGCGAUUUUGUGCGCCACUGCAUAGCCAAGUCCCAGGAGAACGUCGAAGGCAAAGUACAGCUGUCUGUCUUCAAGGGUCAGGUCUACAUCCUGGGCCGAGAGUCACCCAAGUCCCUGUACAACGAGGAGCUUGUCAGCAUGGACGUGCAGGGCGACUACAACCCGUGUGAUGCCUCCGGAUUCAUCAGGAUUAACGCAGUCAGGUUAAGGGAGCACCACCGUGUGCAGGGUUUCUCCAGCACCAAGAAGUGAUUGAUGCAGUGAACCAUCUUCCUCUCUUAUCUCCCUGCUUCGCUGUGUCUUCAACGGGAAUAGAUUUAAACUUUGUGCCUCCAUUGUAGCUUUGCCUUAUUGUCUAUUCUAGUUAACUGUAUUUGAAUCAGGGUGUCGAAGCGUUUCACAUUUAAUAUCGAGACAAGGAAACUCAAUCAAGUUUACAUAGAAUCUUAAAAUAUAAUGUGUUUUGUAGUAGUAAUCUCAUUCUCAGAAUCAGCUGGUAAAAAUUAGUAAUUGUUUGUAAUAGAAAUAAAAAGGAGUGAAUUGUG